GGAGAGGGAGGGAGGGAGUAUUCAAUGGUUGGUAUUACUCGUAAUCUAUACUGAGUAUUUUUUUUUCUAUCUUUGAGAAUUCAGGUUGCGGAGGAUCUGAUUCGAGGAAGACGACCUUUGCUCAACUGAAAAAAGUUAUUCUCGAGUCCUUGCAUAUGCUUGUGAUCUGGUCCUUCAUCCACGAUUCUUGGCUGUCACCAUUUUUCAUUCAAUUAGGAAUCUGUUAUUCAAAGAUGUAUCGUUCAGGAAAAAUUUGUAGCUAGCUCACUCACCACAACAACAACAACCCAAUAGAAUCCCGCAACAACAGUGGUUUGAGGAGGGUAUGUGUGCGUAGACCUUACCCCUAUUAAAAGUAGAGGUUGUUUCCAAGAGACUCCCAGCUCAAGCAAUACAAAAAACAGCUAGUACAACAAAAGCUCAAAGAGCAAGCCAAAGGUUAAAAGUGAUGGGCAUAUAUCUUAGUUCUCCAAAAACAGAGAAGCUCUCAGAGGAUGGUGAGAAUAUGGGGCUUAGAUAUGGGUUAUCAUGCAUGCAAGGAUGGCGUGCAACAAUGGAAGAUGCGCAUGCUGCGAUCCUUGACUUGGACACUUCGACUUCUUAUUUUGGCGUUUAUGAUGGUCAUGGAGGGAAGGUUGUUGCUAAAUUCUGUGCCAAAUAUCUUCAUCAACAAGUAAUUAAGCAUGAAGCAUAUCAAGCUGGUGAUAUUGGAACUUCUUUGCAGAAAUCUUUUUUAAGAAUGGAUGAGAUGAUGCGUGGACAGAGAGGGUGGCGGGAGCUUGCUGUUCUGGGUGAUAAAUUGAUCAAGCUCACCGGUCUGAUAGAAGGUUUGAUAUGGUCCUCAAGAAACUCCGAAGGAAACGAUCAGCAUGAUGAUUGGGCGUUUGAGGAGGGACCCCACUCUGAUUUUUCUGGACCCACUUCUGGAAGUACAGCUUGUGCUGCAAUCAUUAGAGGCAACCACCUUGUUGUUGCCAAUGCCGGUGACUCCCGCUGUGUGAUUUCAAGGAAGGGUCAGGCAUACAAUCUGUCAAGGGAUCACAAACCUGAGCUUGAGGUUGAAAGAGAACGGAUUUUGAAAGCCGGUGGUUUCAUUCAUCAUGGACGAGUGAAUGGAAGUCUAAAUCUUGCAAGAGCUAUAGGAGACAUGGAAUUCAAGCAGAAUAAGUUUUUGCCAGCUGAGAGGCAAAUAAUAACGGCCAAUCCAGACAUAAAUACAGUUGAGUUAUGUGAGGAUGAUGAUUUUAUGGUGCUAGCUUGUGAUGGCGUAUGGGAUUGUAUGUCUAGCCAGCAAUUGGUUGAUUUUAUACAUGAGCAGCUGCACUCUGAGAGUAAGCUUUCGGCAGUGUGCGAGAGAGUUCUAGACACGUGUUUGGCGCCCUCUACGGCUGGAGGCGAGGGAUGUGACAACAUGACUAUGAUAUUGGUUCAGUUUAAGAAACCAAUUCAAUCGGAACCUCAUGACUUGCCUGAAUGCGACAGAAAGUUGCCACAAGUGAAUGGGAAACCUCAUGACGAGUCUGCCGAAUCGGUUGAAUGCGGAUCAAGUUCAUGGCAGAUGUGUAUAUAGUGUGUGUGUGUCUAAUAUAGUCAUUGUGAAAUUCCAAACUGCAACUCUGCAUGAAAAUAUUAUUCUUGUGGUUCCCUUUGUGACUGCAAUGUAAUGAAUGUACUGUAAAAAUGGAAAAUGACUGCAUUUGUAUAUAAUAAUACUAUCAUGGAGGACCUUUUCUCUCUAAUCUUCCAAGGAUUUAUCUUUUUUUUUUAAUAAUGAAGUUUGUUUGUG